CUUGGUACGGUAGUUUGAACUGCGAGGCAAUGGCCGACGAUGCUGCAUUGAUCGAUAACACUCCGCAGGCGAAACCAGCGUGCAAGAAACUCCACCUUCCCGACGGGUUCAUGACCUUUGUGCGUGAGCAUGGCAUCGAUCCCAAGGUCUACGACGUCGAUCCAAGCGCGAUGCCGCGGUAUUUUCGGACCAAAGACGACGCGAGCGUCACAGAAGAGGAACUGCGUCGCCACUUCCCCGCAUUAGAAGUCGUGCCUUGGCUUCCAAACUUCUACGCCAUCCCAUCCUCUGUGGCAUUGGCCACCAGCGAUUUGUACACACGCGGCAAAAUCUACGGCAUGGAGGCGAGCUCUGGGUAUGCUGUCAGUGUCUUGGACGUGCAGCCGGGAGACCACGUGUUGGACUUGUGCUGUGCCCCCGGUGCAAAGCUCACGAUGUUGGCCGAUGUAUUGCAGAAGCGCGGCAGUGUCACAGGGGUCGACUUCUCCAAGAGUCGCAUUUCUGCGUGCAAGACACUGGUACACAAGUACGACCUCAUUCACGCACACCCACCCACCGCAACGACGUCGCAGACUGUCGGAGCAUGGAGAUGCCGCCUCUUCCACGCCGACGGUCGGUCGUUUCAUGUGCUUCCGCUGUCGAACGACACGUCCAGCGCGUUGGAGACCGUCUUGGACACGGCAGAAAUCUCGGCUCGAUCUACCAAGACCGUAGCUCGCAAACGCGUCAAUAAGAGCGCUCGGGCUCGAUUGGCCAAACAAGCCAAAGCAGCCGUCCCUCAAGUCCCCACCUCCACUAACGAGGAGGACGACGAGGCUCAUAGUUCGUCGUCUACAUCCACGUAUUACGACAAGGUGCUGGUGGAUGCCGAGUGCACCCAUGACGGAUCGCUGCGUCAUUUGGUCAAGAUGACAUCGGACGCCGACUGGAACGAAUACCUGGGCAAAUACUUGAGUCCGACGCACGUGCAGGGCGUCUUGGACCUCCAGCACGACCUCAUUCGAAACGGGUUUCGCUUGCUCAAGGAGGGGGGGCGCAUGGUGUACAGCACGUGCAGCUUGUCCCGCAAACAGAACGAAGACAUGGUCGACCAAUUUCUCCAAGAUGAACCCACCGCCCGCCUCGAAACGUUUGACACCACCAACGUUCCCCACCAGCCGGGACACAUUGACCACACGAUUCGAUUCACGCCACUUGAAAACACGGGCGGGUUGUUUGUGUCGCUGUUUUCGAAAACCAAACCCACCAAACGCCAAAAAUUAGAUUGAGAUGUGGUGAUUCGUACAAUAAACCAGUGCUUUACAUAGUUCGACUGCGGUUCUACUUGUUCUUAUAACGGAGGGGGCUCCACCCACGCGAAUUCGUCUUCGAGUUGGGCCCACAUGAGCGCCAUCCGCUCGUUUCCGAGGACUUUGGCUAGCUGCAGCUUGUCCAUGUUGUGCUUGGCAACCUCCGAAAGAUGGGAUGAUGUUUGUUUCUUGGGUUUUCGCUUCUUCUUUGCUGAGUGGGACGGAGGCUGGUGGUGCAAUGUUGUGACGUGGGUGGUGUUGUUUGUGUCUGCCAACGCUACCACUUGGUUGUGGUGUCGAACGACGUGGUACGACACUUGUUGCACCAUGACAAUAUCCGACUGGGCCGGGGUGGUGGCGGCAGGUAGAAACGUAUGGUUGUGACGAGGGACGGACCUCUUUUGGAGACGGGACCACGGAAGGGUUAGCUGUGAUGACGGGUGCUGCUGCUUUCGCCGUCGAAACGAUGGAGGAGCCGUCGCUGGUGGUUUCACGGAUGGAGGGACUGCAGUAGUUGCAGUUGUCGAGCUUUGAAAUUCUGUUGGAGAGUCUGCCGUUUUCGUGUCCAGAGGUGUAUCGUCGUCGGCCUGCACCUCCUCUGCAGUAGUGGUCGUGUCAGUGGUUGGCAAAAGGGGUUGAGAAGGCAGCAUGGGUGCGGCAGUGCUCGGACGAUGCGCUCGAGGUGUGUCAUUAGUUGAUUUCGUGUCGACAUGACUGCUCGGUCGCCUUGUCAGGAUGUUGGUGAGGAUGGAGAUGUCCGCUGCGGGUUUCGGAAGCACAUGCGAACUCCUCGACUUAGGUACUGUUGAGCACGUUGGCAGACACUCGUCUUCCUUGGGACACUUGCCCGGCUUGGUAACGUGGGCUUUCGGUGGACUCGAUGGCCUCUUGUGUUUCUUGGGGCUGGUGGGCACAAGGGGGUCGGGCACAGUGGGGUCCGUCGGUGGAAGUUGCCACAUGGGUUGCCAGGGUAGUGUGGCAGCAACGUACGUCUUGGGGAGAAUCACAGGCACCGUCGAUGCCUCUCGCUUCCCUGGUCGCCGACACUCGGUAAGACCCCCCCCUUCCACCAGAAUCUCUCGCAGUUGAAGCAUGUCCUCUACUCAACACCCGCAUUCUCCCAUUGUAUCUCAAAUCGUCUAAUCGUAC